GUUGAUCCCACGCAGCUUUGAGUAAGAACUUUGAGCUACGAAAUAGGAGAGAGAACCCGCGAAGAAAUACAUUCUGCAACCAUGGCCCAAGCUCCGACCGGGACGUUCCAGGUUCAUUACUUCGCCAGCGCAUCGAGCUAUACGAACCGACAAUCAGAGUCUCUGCCCGCACCACUUCCGUUGGGUAAAUUGUUCGAGGUCUUGGAGUCCAAAUACCCUGGGAUUGGAGCAAAGGUUUUAACGAGUUGUGGGGUUAGUGUUAAUUUGGAAUACGUGGAUGUGGAGGAGGAGAAAGUGAAGCUCCGCGAUAUGGAAGCCGCCCAAGAUGGGCAAAGCAGGGCCUUGGUAAUUAUCAAGGACGGUGAUGAAGUGGCUAUUAUUCCUCCUGUUAGUUCGGGGUAGCCUGUACUCGGCUUACUGCAGAUAUGACAGAAAUAUGACCGUUUUCUUGCGACAG